AUGUCAGAGUGCCCUACACCUAGAGGCUUGGCCGAGAAUGCAGGCUUUAACCCUGACUUUGAUCUAAAACAACUUGUCCUCGAUCCAGAUUCCAAUAUGCAUAUCUGGGGAUGGUUAGUUUCUGGAUUUUUAACGCUGGCGGCAGUGACCUUGACCGCGCACUCGAUCAAACAACAUCUGUGUCACUAUUAUACCCCUUCGAUCCAGCGCCAUAAAGUCCGUGUGCUUGCAUACCCGGCAGUAUAUUCAGCACUAGCAUGGUUUUCGUACCUUCAAUACAAUUACGAGACAGUCAUUAUGUUCUUCGCCACACUGUUCGAGAGUUUUGCAGUGUACAAUGUCUACAUGUGUUUGGAGGCCUAUCUCGAACCGUUCCGUCAAAAGUACGCUGGACAAAAGAUACCUAUUACAACCAAAGUGUUUGGUAUUUUUAAAAUUCAUCUCAACUCUAAAUGGGGCCUACAUUUUCGAGUAAUUACCAAAAUCCUGGUUCUACAAUACCCAGUGUGGAAUAUCAUAAACUCAUUGAUUUCAAUCAUUACCCAGGUCAAAGGUGUUUACUGCGACGGCCAAUUCGUAUUCAAUGGCGCAUAUCUAUACCUGGUCAUUAUCAAUUUCACUUCAUUGUGCAUUAUCCUUAUGGCAAUGUUCACAUAUCUUUCAGUGUUCAACGAAGAGUGGCACCAUGGCAGGAUACGUGCGCAUGCCAUGUUCUGGUGCGUAAAAGCACCAAUCAUGAUCAUCUUUUACUGUGGUGAUAUCCUACUUGCUGGACUGGGCCAUUUUGGUGUCAUUCAGGAUUCACGACCGCAGCACAGUGGUGGCACGUUCUGGCCAGCCGAUGCAGUUAAAAACGGCUAUUAUGUGCUGAUUAUUUGUGCUGUAAUGUCACUUGUGGCUAUAUUCAUGGAACGUUACUAUGGCUUGGACCCAGAAGAGUAUGCGCGAUACGAAGAAGAUUGUACUUGGUCUGCUUAUAUGCAUGCGUUCGCAGAUGGUUAUCUUGCAUUCAUUCCCGACUUCUUCCGCAACGUAUUUUCAUGUGGCGGUGAUACAGUGGUAUUAGCAAAGAAACGGAUGGAUCUUCGACAGAAUCACAAGCGACGACUGUCAGAAGACGAGCGACACUUGUUGCAACCGAGCGAUAUGGAAACGGCUCAACCGUUGGAGGACGAAGAGAAUGUGUAUGCGGCAUUAGGGCAGCGCCGAAUAUCGAUGGAUGAUGACGACGAAGAUGAUGGCCGGCUCAAUGCAUCAAGUGUACCCUUGAAACGUUUAGGUAUAUCAUCAUCGGCCAAGAGUGAUGAUCCCAUACCGACCAUUUCUAUGCCUCCAGCGCCACGAAAAUCGCGUAUGAUCAAUCACAACGAUCCAGUAGCUGUUGUAUCUACCACUGGGUCUUCACAUUUCCAGCCGCAUGAAAUAAGUAGGGCUCCUAAUUUCUAG